UGUUGGUACGAAGGAUGGCAUGCAUUCCGGUAGUACAGCGCUUUACAAAGUUAAAGUCAUCCCUUACCUUAGAGACUUAUGGCUUUCAUUUGCAACAGCGGGGCGAAUAACCAAGAAGAGGAGAUUAAGGCGCCAUUUUUGUAUGAAGAUUCCAAGAUUUUGAAGGCGGGUUUAAAACUUGUAUCCAUCGAGAUAAAGCUCGACCAUUUCGACUACUCUUUGAAAUAUAAGGAUAACGAAUUCUUAGACGAUGAACCACUAAGCGUGGCUCACAAGGCAAGAAGAUACGUUAAUGUGUUCCGAGCAUGGAGCGAAGCCAUCUUUAUGUUUGGUCUAGAUGAACGUCGAUCAGAAAAGGAAAAGAAGGAGAUUAUUGACGAGUUCUUUGGCAGGUUUGAGGAAGAUGUUACUCGCAGUCCAAAUGAUUUUGGUUAUGACUUGGUUGUGGCAUAUGUCGAUAUUCUAAAAGCGAAAGCAACUUCGUAAGUUCAUCAAGUGAAAAUAAUGAAGAGAUUUCCUUUGUAGAAAUGCACUAUAGAAUACACACCCUAGAUAGGAAUCCUAUAGUAAAUCCUAGGAAUUCCUAGAGAGUCCCAAGGGUAAUUUCUGUAAAGUUCCAUAGAGUCAUGUAGGAUGCCCUUUAGUAAAUUUUAGUGCGGGUCAAUGCGUUGUUAUGGAUUGCCAGUGCAUUGUAUACGGGCCUUUGCCUUGCUAACAGUAUGGUUACAUUGUGCAAAUUGUC